AUGCUGAUAAAAGAGUACCGCAUCCCCAUGCCCAUGAGCGUGGAGGAGUACCGCAUCGCUCAGCUCUACAUGAUCCAGAAAAAGAGCCGGGAGGAGAGCUGCGGUGAGGGCAGUGGAGUGGAAAUCCUGGAGAACAAGCCGUAUGAGGAUGGGCCCGGAGGUUUGGGUCAGUACACACACAAGGUCUACCACAUCGGGAAGCACAUCCCCUCCUGGUUCUGCGCCAUCCUGCCUCAGGCGGCUCUGCGAGUGGAGGAGGAGUCGUGGAACGCUUAUCCUUACACACGCACACGAUACACCUGCCCAUUCGUGGAGAAAUUCUCUAUAGACAUAGAAACAUAUUACAAACCUGACACAGGAAACCAAGCGGACGUCUUCAAUCUGUCUUCUGCUGAGAAAAGAGUAAGGACAAUAGAUCCCAUUGACAUAGUAAAGGACUACAUUGCCCCGCAUGAAUAUUUAGUGGAAGAAGACCCCAAACUGUAUCUGUCAAUGAAGACCAAACGAGGACCGCUAAACGACGACUGGAUAGAAGAGAUCAACCAAAACCCAGGGCAGAACCCAGUCAUGUGUGCCUACAAGCUCUGCAAAGUGGAGUUUAGAUACUGGGGCAUGCAAUCCAAGAUAGAACGCUUCAUACAUGAUGUUGGUCUGCGUAAAGUGAUGGUGCGUGCCCACAGACAGGCCUGGUGCUGGCAGGACGAGUGGUACGGACUGACCAUAGACGACAUCCGGCUGUUAGAACUGGAGACUCAGCUGGCCUUAGCUAAAAAGAUGGGGCAAUACAGUCUAAAUGAGGAGGGAGGAGCAGAGACCAAUGGAUCUUCUCAGAGUCAGGACCAAGAGCUGGGAUCUGGAGCCAAAGGAGCAGUGGCUGAAAAUGAGGGAGGAUCCACUAAAGUCGAAUCACUGGAAACAAGAGGAGAACUCACCAAACAGUGGUCCACGUCUUCCAGGUCUUCCAACCGCUCAUCGAAGAGAGGAGGAAGUCCUUCACGCCAAAGCAUUUCUGAAUGGAGGAUGCAAAGCAUCGCACGAGACUCCGAGGACAGCACAGACGACGAGUUUUUUGAUGCUCAUGAAGACUUUUCUGACAAUGAAGAAAUAUUUCCCAAGGAAAUUGCAAAGUGGAACUCAAAUGACCUGAUGGAUAAAAUUGAAACAAUCGAGGUCGAUGGAGCACAAGAAACCUUGUAUCAAGAUUCAGGAGGAGAGUAUUCUGUCUUAAGCAAUGAGGGGACACACAUAGAUGACUGUUCAUCUCAGCAGUGCCUUCAGGCAUCCAAAAUUCAUGUCCUCAUUUUAGUCCUACACGGGGGAAACAUUCUGGAUACUGGCUCUGGAGACCAAAACAGCAAACAAGGAGAUGUAAACACGCUGAGUGCAGCGUUUGACACCGUCAUGAGGGUGCAUUACCCCACAGCAAUGGGCCGCAUUGCUGUUCGCACAGUUCCAUGUCCUGCUGUUUGUGUGGAGGCUUUCUCACUCGUUUCAAACCUCAGUCCUUACAGCUAUGAUGAGUCAUGCUUAUCCAGCAGUCAGGACCACAUACCACUGGCUGCUCUGCCACUGUUGGCCACAUCUGCCCCACAGUAUCAGGACGCUGUUGCAACUGUGAUCCUUCGUGCCAAUCAGGUGUACAGCGAAUUCAUCAAGUCUUUAGAAGGUGCUUCGUUUACUGGUCAAGUGUCUGUUAUUGGGGAUUGUGUUGGAGGGAUCUUAGGCUUUGAUGCUCUCUGUAGCAGCUCAAUAGUUGUCUCAGAAAGCCAGAACAGCAGCAGACGGGGCAGUACCAUCAGUGUGCAGGACACUGACCUCUUGUCCCCAGGCAUCAUAAUAAACAGCAUCUCUCCAUCUUUACCAACUCUGGAGGGAAGUCGACAUCUCAGUAGAAGUAACAUUGACAUUCCUCGAAGCUCAGGACAAGAUGAUCCCAAGAAACAACUCCCUCGCAAACGCAGCGACUCCUCCACAUAUGAACUGGACACCAUCAAGCACCAUCAGGCUUUUCUUUCCAGCCUCCACUCCAGCGUGCUCCAUGGGGACCCUGGAUCUCGACGCUCCAGCAACAGCACUAUGCUGGAAGGAGGCUCUUUGGGAAAGUUUGACUUUGAGGUGACAGACUUCUUCCUGUUUGGGUCUCCUCUGGGACUGGUUCUUGCACUGAGGAAAACCGUGGUGCCCUCAUUAGAUGUGUCGGCCCUGCGCCCAGCCUGUCACCAGGUUUAUAACCUGUUUCAUCCGGCGGAUCCCUCUGCCUCUCGGGUGGAACCACUACUGGACAAACGCUUUUACCUGCUGCCGCCCUUUAACAUCCCUCGAUACCAGCGCUUUCCACUGGGAGAUGGUCACUCAGCUCUGCUCGUUGAAACUGUGCAGAGUAACCCGCAGCUUCUGAUGGAUUCUGGGAGUGGAGUCUCCAACCAGCUGCAGGACGGCAGUGUCACUGAGACCUCUAUUCCAGUGCCUGUCCUGAACUGGCAAGGAACCCAGCCCCAGAUAGACCGAGUGCCGCACCUGCGGUACACCCGCAGAGCCAGCGAGGCGAGCAUUGCUAGUCAGGUGUCAGGCUUAGCUGACUCGUAUACUGCAUCCAACAUUGCCAACACAAGCACACCAGAGGUAAGCCAGUCUAAAAGGUCCAGUCUGCGCCACAAUAAAGUCAUGCGCACACAAUCUCUGCGGUUGCGCAAGAAAAUCUCUCAGAUGUUUCUCAAAAACAAUGGUGCAGCAAACUGUGACGGCGCUGAUGUCACCCGUGACCUGAAAGACAUCAGGCCCCCAUCACCAGGUGUACUGCAGAGCAUAGAGCCAGUUGCUUUGCGCUGGUGGGGCAGUAAGAGGAUGGACUACGCCCUGUACUGUCCAGAUGCACUGACCGCCUUCCCCACGGUGGCUCUGCCACAUCUGUUCCACGCCUCCUACUGGGAAUCAACAGACGUUGUGUCUUUUCUCCUAAGACAGAUCAUGAGACAUGAAAACUCAAGCAUUUUGGAACUUGAUGGAAAGGAGGUGUCUGUGUUUACUCCUUCAAAACCUCGAGAAAAGUGGCUUCGCAAGAGAACUCACGUCAAGAUCAGGAAUGUGACAGCCAACCACAGAGUGAUUGAUUGUGUGUACUCAGAGGAGGGGCCCCAGAUGGUCACAGGACGUUUUAUGUACGGCCCUCUGGACAUGGUGACCCUCACAGGAGAGAAGAUUGAUAUUCACAUCAUGACCCAGCCUCCAUCUGGAGAAUGGGUUUACUUUGACACCGAGCUCACCAACAGCAGUGGCCGCGUCUCUUACGUCAUACCAGAGGCAAAGAGGCUCGGCAUCGGCGUGUACCCGGUGAAAAUGGUGGUGCGCGGUGACCACACGUUCGCCGACAGCUAUCUCACCAUCAUCCCACGGGGAACAGAGUUUGUUGUGUUCAGUAUUGAUGGAUCAUUCGCCGCAAGUGUUUCAAUAAUGGGUAGUGAUCCGAAAGUGCGGGCUGGAGCAGUGGAUGUGGUGAGAUACUGGCAGGAUCUGGGGUAUGUGAUCGUGUAUGUCACAGGCCGUCCAGAUAUGCAGAAGCAGCGAGUUGUAGCCUGGCUUUCUCAGCAUAACUUUCCUCAUGGGAUUGUAUCUUUUUGCGAUGGACUGGUUCAUGAUCCUCUCAGACACAAAGCCAACUUUCUCAAAUCCCUCAUCAGUGAGGCUCACAUGAGGAUCUUUGCUUCAUACGGCUCCACCAAAGACAUCUCUGUGUACUCUUCUCUUGGGGUCCCACCAUCGCAUAUCUACAUAGUUGGACGACCUACAAAGAAAAUGCAGCACCAGUGUCAAUUUAUCCCUGAUGGCUACGCCUCUCACCUGUCCCAACUGGAGUACAGUCAGAGGUCGCGGCCUGCUAAGACGGCGAGUACACGCAUUGUCCUCCGCAAAGGCAGCUUUGGCUUGAACGCAGGAGGAGGAGACUUCCUGCGCAAACGGAACCACAUUUUUCGCACCAUUUCUUCACAACCUGGUGGAACAGGGCCGGGCUCGCCCAGCCAGCCGGGCCGCACAGAGAGGACCCUGAGCCAGUGUGAAGUGGAGCGAGAGCGAGUGGCAGCCACUCAGAGGAGCAUGAGCAUCGCUGCAGGCUGCUGGGGCCGCAGUGGCAGCACUAAGGAGGGGAGUGGGGGUCUAUUAGGCCCAAAGUAA